AUGGGGAAGGGAGACACCUUGGGAGCACCAUCCACCUCGGCCUACCGCUCUGUCAUGGAGGAAUAUGGUUAUGAAGUGGGCAAAGUCAUUGGCCAUGGCUCCUACGGGACGGUGUAUGAGGCUUACUACACAAAGCAGAAAGUCAUGGUGGCUGUCAAGAUCAUCUCAAAGAAGAAGGCCUCUGAGGACUAUCUUAACAAGUUCUUGCCCCGUGAGAUACAGGUAAUGAAGGUCCUGCGGCACAAGUAUCUCAUCAACUUCUAUCAGGCCAUCGAGACCACAUCCCGAGUGUACGUUAUUCUGGAGCUGGUUCAGGGUGGUGACGUCCUUGAGUGGAUCCAGCACUAUGGGGCCUGCUCUGAGCCCCUUGCUGGCAAGUGGUUCUCCCAGAUGACCCUGGGCAUUGCCUACCUGCACAGCAAGGGCAUCGUGCACCGCCCUCUCCUGACCCCCAGCCUUUCUGCUGCUGGUAGGGACUUAAAGUUGGAGAACCUGUUGCUGGACAAGUGGAAGAACGUGAAGAUAUCGGACUUUGGCUUCGCCAAGAUGGUGCCUUCUAGCCAGUCUGUGCGGAGUAGCCCUUCCUACCGCCAAGGGAACUGCUUUAGCCACCUCAGCCAGACCUACUGUGGCAGCUUUGCUUAUGCCUGCCCGGAGGUCUUGCUAGGCCUGCCCUACAACCCUUUCCUGUCUGACAUCUGGAGCAUGGGCGUCAUCCUCUACACGCUAGUAGUUGCCCGUCUGCCCUUCGAUGACACCAAUCUCAAGAAACUGCUGAGAGAGACUCAGAAGGAGGUCACUUUUCCACCUAACUAUGCCAUCUCCCAGGAGUGCAAGAACCUGGUCCUCCAGACACUAUGCCAAGCCACCAAGCGUGCCACCAUCCUGGACAUCAUCAAGGAUCCCUGGGUGCUCAAGUUCCAGCCUGAGCAACCCACCCAUGAGAUCAGGCUGCUUGAGGCCAUGUCCCAGCCCCCCGGCACCAAUCGUCACCAAUCCUUGGAAAUCAGUACCUGAAAACGGCGGAAGGAGGAGGGGGUUGAAAGAGGAGCAAAGCAGGAGGGUCUUGGGCUAAAAAUC